GGCAUUUGCCUUGUGCACAGCCAGUGCUACCGAGCCAGGUUCAAUUCCUCUGCCCCUCUCAGAGAGCCCGGCAAGCUACCUAGAGUAUCUCGCCCGCACAGCAAAGCCUGGCAAGCUACCCGUGACGUAUUCAACAUGCCAAACACAGAUGAGGCCAACUCCCAAACUUCUGGUGGGACUUAUCCUGCUGACUUUCUGUGUGGUGGACUGCUGCGGCCAACACUGGUCCUAUGGAUUACGCCCUGGAGGAAAGAGAAAUACUGAAGAUUUGAUUGAUUCUUUCCAAGAGAUAGCCAAGGAAGUUGAUAAACUUGCAGAACGUCAACAGUUUGAAUGUGCAAAACCCCGUUCUCCACUCAGGGACCUGAAAGGAGCUCUGGAAAGCCUGAUUGAAGAGGAAGCUGGGCAGAAGAAAAUUUAACUCUGCUUCAAUCAGUCCCAAAUAUAACUGACAUGGUAAUUGAUGACCCAUUUAAUAUCUAUAAACUGUAUGUGGCAGAAACCCUUAA